AUUCGUCAUCUGAGGCGGUCACAUGACCUGAUUUUUGACUUGCUGCUGGGAUACGGCGUCACUCUGCCAGUGGGCGGGAGGCUGGCGCGACCGCUCUGGCUCCCGGUGCGGUUUGUUUGCACUCUGCCUCGGGGUGCUGUCUGCGGUGCGAGCGUUAAUUUGCACUCUGGCACAGCUCGCCAAGCCGAGGCCGGGGGAGCCGAGACAACCCGCUGCGCUCUGGGGAUGGAGUCGGCUCGGGAGAGCCCCCUGCUGGUGGCCCGGAGCCUGACGCAGCUGCUGGAGAGGGACACUGUGCGAGUGGAGCUCAUCCCUGAGAAGAAAGGCCUCUUCCUAAAGCACGUGGAGUACCAGGUCACCAGUCAGCGUUUCAAAAUAUCUGUCUAUCGGAGGUACACCGAUUUUGACGUCUUGCACGAGGUCCUGCUGCACAGGUUUCCCUACAGAGCGGUGCCAGCGCUUCCCCCGAAGAGGAAGCUGAAAGGAGUGCUCACCUCGGAGCGGGAGUUCAUCGAGGGCCGCCGGAGAGCCCUGCGUAGGUUCAUCAACACGGUGGCGCGUCACCCGUUCUUCUCCGAGGACGAGCUGGUGAAGACGUUCCUCACUUUCAACGGCUCGGAUGUUCAAUGCAAACUACGAGAGGCCUAUAAAAAGACAGGGGAUGAGUUUAUGACAAACAAAAUUUCCACACAGGCUAAGGACUUCCUUCCGACGGACGUGCAGGGCCAGUUUGCCUCGAGCAGGGAGCUGAUCCGGAACACCUUCUCCAGCUUCCACAAGCUGAGAGGCAGGGUGGAGAGGGUGUGCGAACGAUCCAGGGAAACCAGCGCGGACCUGCAGGUGUUUGGGAAGGAGCUCAGCACGAUGGGCUCGGGCACGUCGUCUGUCCCCUCUCCGGCCGGGGGCCACUGCAGCUGGGGCACCAUCCAGCAGUCCCUGAAGGGCCUGUCCGGGGAGUUCGCCCUGCUGGCUGACAAAGCUGCCGAACAGGGGAGACGAGAAGAAGAUGAAGUUGUGGAAAAACUCAAUCUCUUUCUGGAUGUUUUGCAGUCGUACAAGGACCUGUGCGAGCGCCAUGAGAAGGGCAUCCUGCAGGAUCAGCAGCGGGCGCAGCAGAGGCACAGCGUGAUGAGGAGGCAGACGAUCAGCUCCGGCCCGCAGGCCAGAGAGCAGCCCACCGUGGAGCAGCUGGAGUCCCGCAUCGUGCAGCAGGAGAACGCCAUCCAGGCCAUGGAGCUGCGCAGCUACUUCUCCCUGUUCUGCCUGCACCAGGAGACCCAGCUGGUGUUCGCCUACCUCCAGCUCGCCCCGCUCGUCCUGGAGGCCCUGGUGGGCUCCCAGAUCCUGGGCCACAGAGAGAUGGGUGAAUUAUGGAACAAUCUCCAACCAAAGAUGAGCCGUCUUUUGGGGUACAGCAACAGUGUCUCCUCCCCUCCUUUUACCAGCCAGUAGGUGAACAGAGUUCACUUUUCACAGACUUUUCAUUUUAAGUAGCAAUAGAUGACCCGCAAGAAUCUACUGGACCAAACACUGAUGGGAUUUUCAUACACAAAGCUCACAAACAAAACACCAUUAACUGUGCUUUGUUCAAAAAAUAAAAUAAAAUAAAAUAAAAUAAAAUAAAAUAAAUAAAUAAAAGAGAUUCCAAAAAAUACACCAGAACAAGCACAUUUAGUCAUUUCUAAAUGAUGGUUUUCUUCAAGUCGUCAGCAGUGAAUCUGCUGCAGUGUUGUAGGAAAGCCACAAGAGGGUGCACUAGAGGAGGAAAGAGGGAGAUUCACUAUGUGACAGCUGUGGCAAUUAUAUGACUUUUAAAGGAUCAUAUUGGAACCAAGAUUAAAAUUUCAGCUCAGAACUGAGCCCAGAAGUGUAGCAACAUUCGUGGAAUUGUCUAAACAAUUUUGAAAAUGAAUGUUAUGGAGAGAAAGCAGGGACUGUACUACGCAGCGUUCUCUUGGCACGUUCACAAACUGAGGCUAGUCGUAACCCAGACACUGCUGCACACCCCUCUGACAUUGGAAAAACCUGCCCUCAGGGGCUUUCUGAACCAAGUGGGAGAAAUUACAAGAGGCAUGUCGCUGAAAUUGUGACAGAUGUUUAACAUCCCUACUGGAAUACGACGUAGGAUUUGUCUCUACAUAUUGUUCCAUAAUCUACACAAUGUUUUUAUUGUCCCUAAUUAAUUGAGCAGCUGAACUCGCAAAACACAUGUCUCUGUUUACUUUGGAGUUGAUUGAGAUGGAUCGUUCAAAAUUCUGCAUUUAUAUCAUGUGUAUUUUUGAUUACACAGAUACACAUGCAUAUUUUGCUUGCUUGUUUUGUCAGUAUAAAGCAUCUCAAUAUAAAUUCCAUUUUGUCAUUUAUUUGAAAAACCAUUUGUGAUGCAACGGGUUAUUUCCAGAGCUCUACAUACCCCUCUGCUGGUCAAAUGGACAUUUCUUUUUGUUUUAUCAAAAGUCCAUGUUGUCAUUUUUGUAUUUGAUAAAAUG